AUGUCAAUAUCCCUACGAGUAUUUUCUAGCGAAUUUUGUCUUUUUCUUCUAGUCAGCGCCAAGAGAAAUCAUGGUGUCAGAACGCUCUGCCGAAGGCUUUCCAUCAUUGACACCACCACCACCAUCAGGACGGUCUGUUGCGCCAAACAGGCGUAG